UUUCCCGUCCGUUCCCUGUGUCCCGCUGUGAUUUCCAUUAAUAGCCAGCUGAGCCGCCCAACUAAAAAUAACCCCCGGCCGCCUUCAUAAGGCCCCAUAGUGCCGCUCCCCCCGCCGCUCCACGGCAGCACCAUGGCCGAGCGCCGCGUCCCCUUCACCUUCCUGCGCAGCCCCAGCUGGGACCCGUUCCGGGACUGGUACCAUGGGAGCCGCCUGUUCGACCAGUCCUUCGGGAUGCCCCACAUCCCCGAGGAUUGGUACAAGUGGCCCAGCGGCACCGCCUGGCCCGGCUAUUUCCGCCUCCUGCCCCGGGAGAGCGCGCUGGUGCCGGCUCCCGGUUCUCCCUAUGGACAAGCGCUGAGCCGGCAGCUGAGCAGCGGCAUCUCCGAGAUCCGCCAGACCGCGGACAGCUGGAAGGUGACCUUGGACGUGAACCACUUCGCACCCGAGGAGCUGGUGGUGAAGACCAAGGAUAACAUCGUGGAGAUAACGGGCAAACACGAGGAGAAGCAGGAUGAGCACGGCUUCAUCUCCAGGUGCUUCACCCGCAAAUACACCCUGCCCCCCGGCGUGGAGGCCACGGCGGUGCGGUCCUCGCUGUCCCCCGAUGGCAUGCUGACGGUGGAGGCGCCGCUGCCCAAGCCUGCCAUCCAGUCCGCAGAGAUCACCAUCCCCGUCACCGUGGAGAGCCAAGCCAAGGAGCCGGCCAAGAAGUGAGGAAGAGGAGGAGGAGGAGGAGCCGCUGCCUCCCCACAAGCUGCAUCCUCACCCCCAUCCCCGCUUGCAGCCCCCUUUUUAUUACUUUGUACUCGCCCCGUCACCGAGUGCCUUGAAUCAAUGUGAAGGAGCCGAUAGCAUCAGCUGGAAUAAAGAGUGGUGAAAGAAA